AUGCGUCAAAAAGAAAGAAGAGAUUAUGUUAAGAUAUACGAUCAGAUAUUAAAAGAAAUAAAUGAUAAAAAUGUAAAGAUUGAAGAUUUGAAACAUGAUGAGGGUGCUAUUUCGAAAAAGAUUAUCAAUCAACUAAAAGAUAAACCUUUGGCAAAAGAUCUGUUCGACGAAUUGCACGAAAAAUGUAAUGAGAAAUACACAAAAUUAAUUGCAAAUAAUGCAGAAGAAUUAGCAGAAGAAUUAAAAAGACAAAUCAAUGAAGAGAAAAGCUCAAAAAAUCUCGAGAAUAUCAAGAAAAAUAUUGAUAAAUUAAAAGAAACUAAUGCUGAACUAGGCAAGAAUGUCGAAUCAUUACUAGAACAAAGAUUGACACGAAUCAAAGCAUACGAAAAAAUAUUAGAAGAUAUUAACAAAGAAUUAGAUGUUGAAAAAUUAAAUGAUAAAAAAGAAAUCGAUGAAGAAAUUCAAAAAUUAAAACAAGACGAUGCUGAAUAUCCAAACAAUCUCAUUACCGAACUGACAAAACAACGAAAUAUCCAGAAAGAAAAAGUCAUUGAAACAAAUAAAUACAACGAAUACGAAGAAAUCAUCAAUGCUCCAUUUGACCAUCCACAAACUUUGAUAGACGCAUUAGAUUUGGAUAAGAUUAAACAACUUAAUAAUGAUAAAUUGUUGGACAAUAAACAAAAAAUUAAUUUGGAAAAUUCAUACAGAAAAAAACUUACCGAAUUAAACACAAAGAUUGUUCAAGAAGAAAAAGAAAAAUAUAACAAGAUUGAAAAAAUAAUCAAAGAAUGUGAAGACCCUGUUCUGUUUAAUUCGGAAAUGUUUAAUGAAAUUUACAG